AUGCACUGUCCUUCUUCGGCGGCUGGAAGGGUUUUUUUGGCUAUCGCGCUGGCCAUCUUCAUCACAGCACUGCUGCUCUUGUGGCGGAGGAGAAAGUCUGAAGUAUUGGGAAGGCCUCUCCUUGAUGACGUGCGAUCCUCGAGAUCCUCAAUACGGCAGGAAGGGAGCCAAGCACCAGUCAAGUGCUUUAGCCGAGUAUGUGGACCCCGGAGGGAGCGAGCAGACGCAAAAAAGUAUGAGAUCCCCAGAGAGAAUUUACCUUUCCAUGUUUGCAGAGUGUACCUUCAAGGCGAGAACACCUCUGAAGCACCUUGGUGGUUGACUCCAAGUGUCCCACCAUCGCUUCAAGAAUUUGUUCUAGAGCAAAGGUGGCAUCAAUUGUCUCAGGCUUUGAACAAAGCGGCGGAAGUCGGAAAGAUGUCUGCAAGAGUUGAAGCUGUUCUGAAGCGCCUCUUUCCACCACUAGCUCCAUUGUUUGCCCGGUGUCAAAGGCAUUGCAGAGCUCAGGCCAUUAUCGACGUGCUAAAUACUGAGUCUCUCUCUGUUGGGACCGAUCGACUUUGGAAGUGGAUGCGUGAGCCCGGGAAUGACUUUCUGUUGCGAUUUGGCUGCGACCGCAAGGCAAGCCUGGCACAUUUAGACUUCCUGGACUUCGCAAAAUCUCGUUUGGAUUGGGCUCCCGUAAACUUGCUCAAAGAAGCAUGGCUGAUCCCCGUCCACGGUCAAGGAACCUUCGUUGAACCCUUUGAAGUCGAUAUCAGCGAUCCCGUGCUUCAGCUUUUGGAGCACACAGAUUUCGGUCCGACAGCUGUUCUCUCGGUCAUCUCAACCUUCAACCGGGCUGCGCGGAUAAUCUCCAAGGAAGAUUUGUACAAGGAUGAAGAUAACUCCCUACAGCAGCUGCACGAAAAGGUUGAGCAAUGUGCUUCCCAAUGCGGGCUUGCUGGUUGCGUCCAAGCCUGUGUCAUUUCAACAAGCAGAAGAGGACCUACCACCUCGACUGACCGUAGCGUGCAGAGCCCAGCAACGGUUGACCAUGCAGACGGGGUGCAGUCGCAAAAUAGCUUCAUGGACCUGGUUGAGCAGGGACAGACUGAUGCUCACCUCUCGGUCCGUUCCACCCGAAGAACCAAGCGGAGCGAACUUCGACUUUGCUUGGUGUUCACGCAGUUCUCAACCCUGGCAAGUCUUGCAGAUUCGCUCAGUGACGAAGGUUCCAAGGUGCAGGCUUUGACGACGCCAAUGAAGCUACAGGCAUUCAAUGAUCUCUUGCGAUGUUCUGCCACCAACAUAGGUGAAGACGCCAGCCUAACAAUUGUGGAUCCAAGUUGCAACAACCAAAGCCUGCAAAGGAUGCUAUUGAAAUGGAGCAAAGGUUCAGAGGGCGCAACUGCAAGGACGCUUGUGUCUUUGACUUGCCUUUUGGCCUUUGACCUCAUGGUGUUCAGUCUCAUUUUCUGGAUUCUGUUCAAAACAAGCACCGCAGCAGGGACAGUUUGGAUCCUUCUACCACCAUUGGCACAGCCAUUGGGGCUGGUAUUCGGAUUGCUUUUUCUGAUUUUGGAGGAUCCUGAUCUUGGAAGACUUUUUGCGGACCUGGAACUCUUUAGCAUGUGGAAUGCGGUCUUUGCAUUGCUCGUACUUCUUUUUUCUCUGCUCAUGGAUUCCUUCUUGUUUGACAUCGUCGCCAUGGGAGUGGCGCUAUGCGUGAAGGCCAUGCUCUUUGCAUCGGCAGCUGCACACAUUGCACAAUUGGAAGCCGCCAGUGACCUAAGCUUCAUUGGUGCACCCCAGGGCGAUUUUGUUGCAGGCUUCUUUGCGCCACAGGCUUCAAGGAGUCAGGCCUCAAGUCAUCCUGAUGGUGAGUCUCGGGAGAAGCCACGAGAGAAUGACGCGUCCUUGCACUUGUCGACGUUUGACGCCAUUGGGCCACGACAAUUGUCAUCAGCAACAGCUUCUAGCUUUCCGACUCUCACUCGUUGCUCUUCCAGGUCUGCGCCGAGUCCACCAGCAAGCUCUUCCAGAAUCGCAGUGCAGGCUCCAGCUCCAGCGUCACCCUUCUGA